UUAAAAUCGAUAUGCAGCGCACAUCUUUAAAUGCAUCCAAGAGCAGUCUCGCCAUCAGCGAACGCCGGAAAUCAUUAAACAAAAUAUUGAACCGUCAAAGAUCAACGAUUAUGAUCGCUCGCAAAAUUAAUUCAGCGAAAACAUAUAAUCACGUUCGUCUCGUGGGUGGCGCGGAUAUUUCUGAAGAACCUAAUAAUGUAGAACAAACCCUUGCGGAAGCAUCACCAUCUAUCCAGGAAAUACCACCACCACCACCACCAUCUCCGACUCCGCUGACACCAUCACCAUCGUCCGUAAAAGAAUCUGUAAAUACAUUACCUGCGGAAGAAUCUACGCGAUCGGAAAUUACAGAUAAGAAAUCUCAUGAAGAUAAAGAACCUAUCUCUGCAAGUGGCCCAUGUUGCUUUUGCGUUUCACAAAUGCCACGAUUAGUCGGGGACAGGAAGGUAGAUGAAAUAAUUGAAUACGUUCACCAAAAUCUCGAGGAGGCUGGCAAGGCUUUAGCAACUUUGGGCGAGAACUUCGAGCAUGAGUUAAAGGUUGAGCCUCACAUUCAACUAGAAUGUCAUAAAACUGUUUCGACUUCUCGAAGACGAAAGAGGCGAGGGUACAAUUGACAACUCGUAUUUUUUGUGUUACAAAUAUGAUGAAUAC